UCUCCUUGUGAGAUGGGUAGGCAUGCUGGCCAGCUCUCGCCUUUUCAGGCCAGUAGAAGCGAGAGAAAAAAUGGCCUAGCUAGCUUUUGUCCAUCUCUUUGAUUCCCUGCUCAUUCCAGUUAGGGGACAUUACUGUCUGCACCUUGUAAAUCCCUCAAGAGCAGUCAGUUCAGGCACAUUAUCAUCUCAGUAUAUGGGCAUGAAGACUGAAGACAACAAGCCUGAUCAGCCAGUUUGUUCCAGUUUUGAACAACAUGGGGUGUGUUCUGUCCAAAGUUCAGCAAAACUAAAAGUGAAAGUAUCUGAGAGGACAGAGUCUGUAAAAUGGAGUCUUUGGUUCCCAAGGACGAGCUGUGUUGCUCUGUAUGUCACGAUAUUUUUAUAGAGCCUGUUAUCCUGAAAUGCAGCCACAGCUUCUGUAGAGAGUGUCUGAAGCAGUACUGGGAAGAGAAGAGCUCUCGGGAGUGUCCCAUCUGCAGGAGAAAGGCCUCUAGGGAGGAUCCUCCUAUAAACCUGGCCUUAAGAAGCAUUGUGGAGUCCUACUUAAAGCAGAAGACUGAGAGAGAAACUACUGACAAGAGUGAUGCUCGCUGCAGUCUUCAUGGGGAGAAACUUCUAUUAUUCUGUGAACAUGACAAAGAGCCUCUUUGUGUCGUCUGUCAGACUUCAAAAAAACACAGAAACCACCCAGUCUGUCCAGUGGAAGAGGCCGUACUGGAGCUGAAGGAGGAACUCAAGCCUGCACUUAAUCUUAUUAAAGAAAAACUGAAGAGGUUUACUGACGUGAAACAAGACUGUAAAAAAACAGCUGAACACAUCAAGAGUCAGGCCCAGCACACAGAGAGGCAGAUAAAGGCAGAGUUUGAGAAGCUCCACCAGUUCCUGCGAGAGGAAGAGGAGGCCAGACUAGCUGCUCUGAGGGAGGAAGAGGAGCAGAAGAGUCAGAUAAUGAAGGAGAAGAUAGAAAACAUCAAAGGACACAUCUCCACUCUUACAGACAAAAUCACAGCUAUAGAGAAGGCCAUGGACACUGAAGACACCUCCUUUUUACAGAGCUACAAGAACAUCAAGGAAAGAGCCCAGUGCACACUGCAGGAUCAAGAGCUGCUCUCAGGGGCACUGAUAGAUGUGGCCAAACACCUGGGCAACCUGAAGUUCAGAGUCUGGGAGAAGAUGCUGGAGAUGGUGCAGUACACUCCUGUGGUGCUGGACCCCAAUACUGUACGUGCCACUGUCUCUCUCUCUGAUGAUCUGACCACUGUGAGACACACAGGUACAGAGCAGAAAUAUCCUGCCAACCCAGAGAGGUUUAGCAACUGUGUGAGUGUGCUGGGAUCUGAGGGGUUUACCUCAGGGAAACACAGCUGGGAGGUGAAGGUUGGGAAUAAACCUGAGUGGGAUAUAGGAGUGGUGAAAGAGUCCAUCACUAGGAAGGGAAAUAUAACAGACAGCCCAACGACAGGAUUCUGGGUCUUAACGCUGAGGAAUGGUGAUGAUUACCAUGCAGCUGGAGUUACUGUCCUCACACUGAAGAGGAGACCCCAGAGCAUCUGAGUGCAGCUGGACUAUGACAGGGGGAAGGUGUCCUUCCUCAACCCCAGUGACAUGUCACUCAUUUACACUUUUAAAGACACAUUUACUGAGAGAGUGUUCCCGUACUUCUCUCCAUAUUUGAAAGGAGA